GCGCUGCUAUUGGCUCCGUAACUCGACUGCUUUUUCAAAUUGAGGCGCCGAAUCGUUUGCUGGUUCCUGGGCAGAGACCAGCUCGGGGGUUCUGUCUUUCUGGCUGUUGCGGGGCGGUGGCUACGACCAGAAGCUUGCGUGCACCGCGGAGUCGCUGAGCUGCGAGUCUCGGUCCUCCAGGCCGCGGCAGCACCGGACGAGAGGAAGCGGGCGCCCGGUCCCCCACAGCGUCGGAGUCACCGCCACGGCGGCAGGUUUUGGCACCACCGUCAUGGCGUCCCAGCCGAGUUCUUCUUCGAAGAAGAAAGAGGAGAAGGGCAAGAACAUCCAGGUGGUGGUGAGAUGCAGACCAUUUAAUUUGGCAGAACGGAAAGCUAGCGCCCACUCGGUAGUGGAAUGUGAUCAUGUGCGGAAAGAAGUUAGCGUGCGAACUGCAGGGUUGACUGACAAGACCUCAAGGAAAACAUACACUUUUGAUAUGGUGUUUGGAGCAUCCACGAAACAAAUUGACGUCUACCGAAGUGUUGUUUGUCCAAUUCUAGACGAAGUUAUUAUGGGCUAUAACUGCACCAUCUUUGCAUAUGGCCAGACUGGCACUGGAAAAACUUUUACAAUGGAAGGUGAAAGGUCACCUAAUGAAGUAUAUACCUGGGAGGAGGAUCCUUUGGCUGGUAUAAUUCCACGCACUCUUCAUCAAAUAUUUGAGAAACUAACUGAUAAUGGCACCGAAUUUUCAGUGAAAGUGUCUCUGUUGGAAAUCUACAAUGAAGAGCUUUUUGAUCUUCUUAGUUCAUCCACCGAUGUCUCUGAGAGGCUGCAGAUGUUUGAUGAUCCCCGGAACAAGAGAGGAGUGAUAAUCAAAGGUUUAGAGGAAAUCACAGUACACAACAAAGAUGAAGUGUACCAAAUUCUGGAGAAGGGGGCAGCGAAGCGGACGACUGCAGCGACCCUGAUGAACGCUUACUCUAGCCGUUCCCAUUCAGUUUUUUCUGUGACAAUACAUAUGAAGGAAACUACAAUUGAUGGAGAAGAGCUUGUUAAAAUUGGAAAAUUGAAUUUGGUUGACCUUGCAGGAAGUGAAAAUAUUGGACGUUCUGGAGCUGUUGACAAGAGGGCCCGGGAAGCUGGAAAUAUCAACCAGUCCCUGUUGACUUUGGGAAGAGUUAUUACUGCUCUUGUGGAAAGAACACCUCAUAUUCCUUAUCGAGAAUCUAAACUGACUAGAAUCCUGCAAGAUUCUUUGGGGGGACGAACAAGAACGUCUAUAAUUGCAACUAUUUCCCCUGCAUCUCUCAAUCUCGAGGAAACUCUGAGUACGUUGGAAUAUGCUCACAGAGCGAAGAACAUAAUGAAUAAGCCUGAAGUCAAUCAGAAACUAACUAAAAAAGCUCUUAUUAAGGAGUAUACAGAAGAGAUAGAGCGACUGAAGAGAGAUCUUGCUGCAGCCCGUGAGAAAAAUGGAGUGUACAUCUCUGAAGAAAAUUUUAGAGCCAUGAAUGGAAAAUUAACUGUUCAGGAGGAACAAAUUGUUGAGUUGGCUGGAAAAAUCGAUGUUCUUGAGGAGGAUCUCAGUAAGGUUACAGAGUUAUUUGUGGAGAGUAAAAAUGAACUUGACCAGUGUAAAUCUCACCUGCAAACUAAGACACAGGAACUUGAAACCACUCAGAAACAUUUGCAAGAAACAAAAUUACAGCUUGUUAAAGAGGAAUAUGUCUCUUCAGCCUUGGAAAAAACUGAGGAAAAGCUUCAUGCUACCGCCAGCAAGUUGCUUCACACGGUUAAAGAAACCACCAGGGAUGUAUCUGGUCUCCAUUCUAAACUGGACCGUAAAAGAGCAAUUGAUAAACACAAUGCUGAAGCUCAAGAUAGUUUUGGCAAAAACCUCAACAGUCUGUUUAAUGAUAUGGAAGAAUUAAUUAAGGAUGGCAGCGCAAAACAAAAGGCCAUGCUAGAAGUUCAUAAGACACUGUUUGGUAAUCUCAUGUCUUCUAGUGUCUCUGCAUUAGACACCAUUACCACGACAGCACUUGGAUCUCUCUUGUCUAUUCCACAAAAUGUGUCGGCUCGUGUCUCCCAGAUCUCUGAUGUGAUGUUGGAGGAGCAGUCGUUGGCAGCACAGAGCAAAACUCUGCUGCAAGGCUUGACUAAUGAACUUGCUACCAACCUUCUCGCUUCCCUGAAGACCAUCUUAGCCCCUGGUGUGGUUUCCAUUUUGAACAUCAAUAGGCAACUGCAGCAUAUUUUCAGGACUUCAUUGACAAUGGCUGAAAAGAUAGAAGAUCAAAAAAGAGAAUUAGACGGUUUUCUCAGUGUAUUGUGCAACAAUCUACGUGAACUCCAAGAAAACACAGUUUCUUCCGUGGCUGAAUCGCAGAAGCUUUGUGCAAACCUUAAUGAAGACCUGAAGUCAAUAAAGGAAACCCACUCACAGGAACUUUUACAGUUAAUCAAUAGUUGGACAGAGAGAUUCUGUGCUUUGGAGGAAAAGUGCGAAACCAUCCAGAGACCGCUGAACAGUAUUCAAGAAAAUACAGAGCAGAAGUCUACAGAUAUAAUCAGCAAAACCACAGUUCACAGUAAAAAACUUCUUGCUGAUUCUGAUGGAUUAUUAGAAGAACUCAGACACUUUAGCCAAGAAGGUGCACAGUUGGUGGAAGAGUCUGUAAAGCACUGUGAUUCACUCAACAGCAACCUAGAAACUGUAUCUCAGGAGACCACACAAAGGUGUGAAGCUUUGAACACAAGCACAGUUCAUUUUUCUGAACAGUGGGCAUCAUGCUUAAGCAAGAGGAAGGAGGAACUUCAGAACUUAAUGGAGUUUGUAAAUGGAUGUUGUGAGUCUUCGAGUUCAGAGAUGAGUGAGAAACUCAGUGGACACACAGCUGCCAUCGAGGGCCAGCACAGCUCCUUCGUCCUGCAGAUAACUUCCGAUGAUGAGAAAUUAAAAGCAGAAAGUCUGGAGCUUCAUGAGACUAUAAAAACUGGUUUGACAAAGCUAAAUUGCUUUCUGCACCAGGAUCUGAAACUAGAUAUCCCAACAGGUAUGACACCAGAGAGGAAAAAUUACUUAUAUCCAUCAGCACUGGUGAGAACCGAACCCCGGGAACAGCUCCUUGAGCAGCUGCAAAGGAAACAGCCCAACCGAUUAAUGAUGCCGAACUGCUCAGAAAAUGACAAAGAGGCCAGUCAGGACAUGGAUGAAGAGAAGGAGGUUCUGGAACAAUGUACUAAAGAACUUUUAAGUCAGGAGACAUUGGUACACACCGGUGUGGAUUGCUCUUCAAGUGGCGGUGUUCCCUUUUUCCAGCGUCAAAAGCCCCAUGGAAAGGACAAAGAAAACAGAGGCGUUAACCCAGCCGAGAAGUCUAAAGUGGAAGAGACCUCAGAGUACACUGUCACGAAAAGCAGAUUGCCACUUCGAGCCUCAAUAAAUCUCUAGUUAAUCUGAGGUUAAGGCCAUCUUUUUUAAAAAAUAAAACCUGAAACUCCACAAUUUGAACUUGUGUACAGAUUACAAUGGGAUAGACUAUGUCUAGACAUCAUAGUAAAUGUAGUUGGAUUGAAAAUCCUUUUGUAUCGUCCUUAUAGUUCAAGUGUGUUGUAGGUUGGGUUUCAUUUGGAAUUUGUAUUGAGUAUGUGUGUAGCUUAUUAUAUAAAGUAGCUCUUCUGUAACGAGAUUUUUCUUGUAUAUUAUUAAAUACCAAAUAUAUGGAAAUCGUUUUUUCCAGGCUUGGACUUAAAUAAGUGAAUGCUGUCUCCCGUCCUGUCUUACUAGGCCUGAGUUCUGUGUGUGUUUUCUUGCCUCUAACCUGCCUUUUCCUUUUGUCUUCUCAGCUCACCUCUCCCUUUUCCUGUCUCUGAACCAUUUGUAGACCUACUGAAAGGUUUCCUUAUGACGAGACACCUAGGGCGUUACCUAGAAAUCUUAUGUCUCAGUGAUUACCUCUCUAUCAUUACCAAUAAUAAACCUGACCCUGGAAGUACUCUUCCUUCCUUCAGGACUUUUCAUUUGUUCCUCCUUCGAUAUGUAAGCAUCUCCUUCCUUCACGGGGUCUGACAAACACUGGCUUCCACAGUUCCCCAGCGGCCUCCGAGAGUGUCGGUUGCUGUUAGAGGAAACCCGUCGAGAGCUGAUUCAUCCUUUGAGGCCCCACUCUAAGGCUUAUGUCUCUUAGAAAUGACAAGACGUUUUUUAGACUACCAAUUAUGACGACAAGUUCUAUUUUGUUUAUCUUUUAAAACUUCAUUCUUUGUAUAUAAUAAAAUGUGUACAUACAUUCACUCUGUUGAAAUCUUAACCCUUGCCCUUUUGAUCUGACAACUCUAUUUCUGGAAGUUGAGCUACUUCAGGAUGAAGAACCAGAGCAUCUACCUAGACGGAAUGUAUGCAGAAAGUAAAUGUGGUCACAUCAAGUUCAGUGUGUAAAGUGAUGUAACUUUUUAUAUUUGGGGGACAGUCUCACUUUGCAGCUCGGGCUAGCUUUGGACUCACUGUGCAGCCCAAGCUAUCCUAGAACUCAGGACAAUCCUAUAUCCUUCCGAGGGCUGGGUUACAGGCAUGUAUCACUGUGCCUGGCUUGAGAGAUUUGACUUUGUAACUAAGAACUAAACAAAAUUAAUAGGAAAUUAGAAAAUACGCUACUUCAAGAUUAAAUUUCCUUGUGCCAUCUCUCCAACCCAUUGUAGAGAUAGAAAUGUUAUUUUAAUAAAAAUAAUGGAUAAAUUUCUCUGCAAACAAAUGUCAACCUAAUCUGUGGACAUUAUCUAAUAUGCUCUUUGGUAAAUCUAUAAUUGGUAAAUUUGGAUUUUUAAAAAUAUUAAAUUUUUUUCAUUUUUUUGUGUA